AUAGGCGCACAAGGAACGAAUCUCUUCAAAGCCAAAUCCACAUUUUAAUUCUUUUCUAUGGUGGAAGAAGAAACUCAAGAAAGAGUGGCCUAACCCUUUGUCUUCUUCUUCUUUCUUUGCUUCCUACUCUCUCACGCAUGCACAACCCACUCUGCUACCCUCUCUCUUCUCUGCUUCUUCAUUCCGUUACUGCAACCGGAGAUUCACACUUUCCGACAUACCCACCAUCAAAAUCAUUCCUUUUCUCAAGAUUCACUGUUUCUGCCCCUCUGCUCCAACUGGGUCUCUUCCAAUUUCUCCUCAGGGCUCUUCACUUGCGCUAGAUUCUUGAAUCCCCAAAUCAGUUUUAUUCAUAUAAUAAUCUAGGAUUUUUGUUGGAAGAGAUUUGCUUUCUGCAUGGAUUUUGGAGGUGGGUAACUGGGUAAGUGUCAUUGCUAACAUGGCGUUAUUCUUUGGUGGAUGUGGAUCAUUCGUUAGCUUGAGCUUUUGAGACGUGACAAUGAUUUCUAUCCCUCGGUUUGGCUCAGCCAUUGGUAUGGAUUUCAAUUUUAUAUGUGUUCAUUGUAAAAUUCUGGAUUCUGAAUCUCAUCCACAAGGGAUUCAUCUGGGAUGAUAAUUGGGAACUCUAGUGUAGAUCAAAAGUUGUUUGAGGAAUUCAAUUUUCAUCAUUUGGCUUUGGAGAUCAAAAGUGUUUCUAUUUUAAUGUUGAUUGUUCCUUAUGCAAAAUUGUUGACUUUAUAUUGAAGGGAACAUAAGAUUGGGGAUCUAGUUAUAUAGAGAGGUAGUGGUGAUUUGUUGUUGUUAAUUUGGAGGCAUUUGUAGUGAGUUUUGUUUGUAUAAAGUGUUGCUGCAAUGUCUGGGGGAACGCCUGUUGGGGUUGGAGGUGGAUUUAUGAGGCAGAGACAUAGUCAAGGGUAUGCUAGCAGUGGUGAUGACCUAGAGGAUGAUGCAUGUUCGAGGCAGCGGUAUUUUCUGCCUCCACCGCCGGCGCGCAAGACAUGGAUUGAGGUGCUGGAGAAUUUUCUUUGGCUUGCCUCAGCUGCUUUCAUUCUAUACUUUGGUGAUCGGCAUUCCAAUUUCAUAUAUCUGUUGUGCCAUGACAAUCGAAUUAGAAGACUGCCUUUAUAUCUUGGGAUGAUAGGUGUCAGUUUGAACGCAUUGAUUUUCGUUUAUACAAGUGUCUUGGCGUGGAGUGUCCAGAGAUUUGAUGAAAAGUGGGGGUUAAAAAAAUGGCAGAUACAGAGCAUCAGCGUCUUGCCGUUUGCCACAGCAUUUGGAGUAGUCUCUUUUUGCUUGUUCACCUUUGCUUUGUGGCCAAUAUGGAAUUUCUUGACGCUUCCUCUUCUGUUCACACUAUUCAUGGCUUGCAUGGUAGUAUUCCCUUACCUCAUUUUCGGGACAUUCCGGCCUCAAUACGAUGAAUUCCGUACAGAUUAAGCCUCACGACGAUUCAAGUGAGGAAUAGUACUGACAUAGAUGAAAGAGUUUCUAACACAUUGACAAUGAUUGAUUGGUAGCUGUUGCAAAAUGUGGUUUGAAGUUUUGUGGCAUCGAUAGAGUAGCAUGAUGUUAUUGCAUGCUAUCCUUUCCAAAAUUGUUGCUAACUGUAAGAGCUAAGAUUGGAUUCGACUUUUAGGUUGAUUGUUAAGGCGGCUGAUAUUAACUGCUACAGGUAGAGAGAUAUAGGUUUCAUGUUUCAACAGAUCAGAGAAGUGUUUGAUGCUAUCAAUUGAAUUGCCUUCGGUUGCUGGUAUCCUAACACCAGUUUUGCUUUAUUGGUUUUGUUUGCCUAUUUUUCAGUGUGUUUGAAAUUCAUCCCCAAAAUUGCAAGAGAGAAGCUUUUACUCAAAACGUGAAUUUUUCAAGCUAGAUGCUGAAUCUGAAUGUGUUAAUUAGUUUAUGACACCCUUUUUUUUUUGUUCAUGAUUUAUAACACCCUUUCAUUAAGCCUCUUCUGACUUGUAGUUUUUGCACUCUUUCAACUUUUGUCGAAUGCUUGCCACACAGGCACAUCCCUUGCAAGAAUCAAGACCCAAACUUUUGGUACCGAAAUCAAUCAGCCGAAACCCUAAACCCUAAUCGAAAAACGUUUAGCCCAUUUUUGUUUUUCUUUCGAAAGGAUCAAAUAGUAAGGAUUUGAAACAUGAAUGAUGAAUGAACCAUGU